UCCAUUCCAAUUCCAAUGAAUGCUGUGAAAAUCAGAGAAAUCUACACUUCAAUCUCCAAACACUUAUCAUCAACAUCAAGCAAGAGAGAUCUCCAGCAAAUCCACUGCCUCCUAAUCGCUUUUGGUUUCUACAAUUCUCCAUUUUUCGCAGGCAAAUUAAUCUCUAAGUACUCCCAAUUCAAGGAUCCAAGUUCAUGUUUAUCAAUUUUUCGAAGAAAUUCUCUGACGAGGAAUGCAUAUCUGUGGAAUACGAUUAUUAGGGCAAUGAUCCACAACGGAUUUCACUCAAAAGCUUUAGAGUUCUACGCGGAAAUGGGGAGACUGGAGGUGCCGCCUGAUAAGUACACAUUUCCUUCGGUGAUCAAUGCGUGCGGAAGUUUGAUGGAUUUCCAGAGAGGAAGGGAAAUCCAUGAGCAUGUCUUGCAGUCCGGAUUUGAAUCCGAUUUAUUCAUAAACAAUGCGUUGAUGGAUAUGUGCUCACGGUGUAAUGAAUUGGGGUAUGCCCGAAAGGUGUUCGACGAAAUGCCUCUUAGAGAUAUUGUUUCUUGGAACAGUUUGAUUUCGGGGUUCACUGCAAAUGGAUGUUUUCUGGAAGCUCUGGAAGUUUACAAUCGAAUGCGUAUGGAGGGAUUCGUGCCCGAUUCCUUUUCGUUUUCGAGCGCCCUUUUGGCUUGUGGUGGAAUUGGGGAGGUUGAAGAAGGUGAGGUGAUUCACGGAUUAGUCGAAAAGCUCGGAGUUUGUCACGACGUUGUUGUAAGUAAUGGAUUGCUUUCGAUGUAUUUAAAGUUCAACAUGUUAGAUGUUUCCCAGAAAAUAUUUGAUGAGAUGGUUUGUAGAGACGACGUUACUUGGAAUACGAUGAUAUGCGGAUUUUGUGAGUCGGGAUUGCACGAAGAGUCUGUAAGGUUGUUUAUGAAAAUGGUGGGUCGAUUUGAACCGGAUAUGUUGACAAUCACGGCAGUUCUUCGUGGUUGUACUCACAUCGAAGAUUUGAAGUUGGGAAGAUUCAUGCACGGCUAUAUGGUUAGUAAUGGGUAUGAGUGCGACACCCUGGCUGGCAAUAUCCUUAUCAAUAUGUACGCCAAAUGCGGCGAUUUAUUGCAGUCGAGGAAAGUUUUCGACAGCAUGAAAACCCGGGACUUGGUGUCAUGGAACACGCUUCUUAACGGUUAUGUCGAAAGUAGGUUUUAUGAGGAAGCGAUGGCGACGCACAAAAGAAUGCGGAUGCAUUUCCAGCCCGAUUUCGUCACUUAUUUGACGCUUCUUUCGAUUUCUACCGAUACAGAGGCGCUCCACUGUGAUGUAAUAAAACGAGGAUUCGAACACACUCAGAUUGUCGGAAAUGCUAUUCUUGAUGCGUAUGCCAAACGUGGCGAAACAGGGGUAUCGUUGAAACAGUUCGAAAGCAUGAAAACACGGGAUAUAGUUACGUGGAAUUCUAUCAUCGCAUCGUCUGGCCAUUCCGAGGAUCGUAGUGUCGGGUUCAAGAUUCUUCGCCGGAUGAGAGAUGAAGGAGUCGCGCCGGACGUACCUACGUUCUUGAGCGCUCUGCCUUUGUGUUCUUAUCUCGUCGCGAAACGACAGGGGAAGGAGAUGCACGGCAGCAUUUUGCGAUUAGGUUUUGAUUUCUCCACUCCGGUUGGGAAUGCUUUGAUCGAAAUGUAUUCCAACACCGGAUGUUUGAGAAGCUCGAUAACGGUGUUCAAAGAGAUGAAGGCCCGGGAUUUAGUUUCGUGGACGGCGAUUAUUUCGGCGUACGGAAUGUAUGGCGAAGGAAGAAAAGCGCUUGAAGCUUUCGAAUGUAUGAAGUUAUCCGGUAUCGUUCCCGAUCACAUUUCCUUUCUGUCGAUUAUCUACGCCUGUAGCCAUUCCGGUCUAGUCGAAGAGGGAAAAUCUCAUUUCGAGGAAAUGAAGAGAGUUUACAAAAUCGAGCCGCAGAUCGAACAUUAUGCUUGUGUCGUCGAUCUAUUGUCGCGCUCGGGGCAUCUCCGCGAGGCUGAAGAUUUCAUCCUCUCGAUGCCUACGAAGCCCAACGCGAGCAUUUGGGGCGCGCUAUUAAGCGCGUGCCGCGUGACCCAAGACACGGAAAUAAUCGACCGCGUGGCACGGAAUGUUCUUCGACUAAAUCCAAACGAUCCAGGCUACCACAUCUUGGCAUUGAACGCGUACGCGGCAAUUGGGAAGAGGGAUCAAGUGCAACGGAUUCGAAUCUCGUUAAACGACAAAGGGCUCAAGAAAAUCCCGGGAUGCAGCUGGAUCGAGAUUCAAAAUAAGGUCUAUUAUUUCGGAGCUGGGGAUCGAUCUUUUGAACAAUGUAGAGAAGUUAUCGAGCAUUUGGAUGCGCUGUCGGGUUUGAUGGCAAAGGAAGGAUAUGUUCCUGACGUGAAAUUUGUUUUCCACGACGUCGACGAGGAUGAGAAGCUCGCCAUGCUUUGCGGGCAUAGCGAAAGGCUUGCGAUCGCUUUUGGCUUGUUGCGCACAAAGGCGGGUACGCCGUUGUUGGUGAUGAAGAAUCUUCGGGUUUGUGGGGAUUGCCAUACUGUCGUCAAGUAUAUAUCGAAAAUCGCGUGCCGGGAAAUAUUGGUCCGGGAUUCGAAUCGUUUCCAUCGUUUUGAAGAUGGGAAAUGUAGCUGUAGAGAUCAUUGGUGAUGGAGAAUCUAUCCCUAUAUAUGUUUAGUCGGUUCUUGAUGACUAGAUCUGUAAACGAGUUGAACAGAGCUGAGCUUGUCAUGUUUGAAUUUGGACUCAGUUCGUUAAGGAUUAGAGCUCUAUUCGUUCGUUAAGAGAUACGAGUUGAAAUUUUGUUUGAGCUCAACUCGUUAAAAAUUUGAGCUCUGUUUGUUCGUUAAGAGAUACGAACUGAAAUUUUGUUUGAGCUCGACUCUGUUAAGAAUUCGAGUUCUGUUCGUUU